AUGAAAAGUGUUAUUAUUUCUAUUAUUUAAUGCGUUUAUUAUAAAUUAAAUUAGGAUUACUUUUAAGAAAAACCACUGUUAAAUAAACUCAAUCGAUAUUUAAGAUGUAGAAUCGUUGCUGGUGAGCAAAAUGAUUCUUGUUCAAUAGAGUUGUUCAAGUGCUAUUCUGAAAUAUCCUAUUGUAUGUAUAAUCAACUGAAACUAGAAAAGAUUAUAAAUUAACAGUGA